CAUUUCUUUGGGCAGUUUGAGAUAACAUUGGAGAUGUGUCGGUCUUCACUUACAGCUCUCUGCCCAUCAAUCAUUACUCUCCGUAUAUAUAGUUGGGAUACUGUUGCGUUCACAGCGCGCUCUGCUCACCCGUCCUAAGGGAUGUGAUCGAUCGUCGGCUUCUUUGCAGUACGAGAGAGUGGAUUUCCACUCAAAAAGGAUUCCUCUUUGGGUCGGAUCACGAGGAAUCAAUGCACCUUUCCGCAUUUAUGCCCUCUCUCUGUCUCUACCUAUCUUCAUCUUUCAACGACCCUUCGUGAACUGAGAACGGAGAGAUUGAUCGGGUGUCUCGUGGAGAAGAUCGGGAAAGGAGGCGCCUUUUUGGAUUCAUCUCCGACUCCUGGGCUCCGAGCGCGCGAGCUUUCCGCCAGAGUUCGUACCAAAGAGUAAUGUGCUUUAGAAUUGCAACAAAUGGCUUCGUUGGUCCCGGGUGUCCUUAUCAAGCUCCUUCAGCACAUGAACACCGAUGUUAAGAUUGCUGGAGAGCAUCGGUCGUCCCUCCUCCAGGUUGUGAGUAUUGUUCCUGCCCUAGCUGGAAGUGAUCUCUUCACCAACAGAGGCUUUUAUCUGAAGGUCUCUGAUUCUUCCCAUGCAACAUAUGUUUCCCUGCCUGAUGAGCACAAUGACCUUAUCUUAAGUGAUCAGAUCCAACUAGGCCAAUUCAUUCAUGUUGACUGUCUUGAGGCAGGCUCCCCUGUGCCCAUUCUUAAGGGUGCGAGGCCACUUCCUGGUCGUCAUCCAUGUGUCGGGAACCCUGAGGAUCUCGUAGCCACCAGUUCUCUUGGUUUCCUCAAUCCUGAGAAACCGAAGUCAUCCAAUUACUCAAAGCAUAACAGCAACAAAUCUUCAGAAAAUGACAGGAGCAAGUUGGGCAACUCAAAGUUACCUAUUAAAAUGCAGGAGGUAGAAAAGAAAAGGGCUUCACUUAGCAGGUCAAGCUCUUUACUUUCAAAACAAUUGGUCACUGGCAAACUGGAAAAGAAGGUUUCUAUCAGUGUGAGAUCAAAAUCAAUGCACUUGAGGUCAAUGCCUUCAUCUCCAACAAGUGUCUAUUCUUUGCCUGGAUCAUUUGAGAUGUUCUCCAGUGAAAUCAAGAAGCAAGCACAAGCCAAAAGACUGGAGAAACCCACAUUAUCAAGGGUGGGUUUGUUGGAGAAGGCAGCGUCUGUCUUGAAAGUGACCAGUGCUGGAAGGAAGUCCUCUGCCAGGAGCUUACAGGGAAAUAUGGUGCCAAGCAUUGGGUUAGUGCCAAAGGCAUUGAGGAAGAGCUGGGAGGGGAAUGUGGAGGUAAAGAGAAGGGGUAGUUCUAUCACCAAAAUAGCCAAGCUCGAGAUGAGAACUGAAUCCAGGAGUGCUUCUGCUCCUCGACAGAGGUCAUCAAUGAAUGAGAAACUGCUACUUAAGGAGGAUUGCAAGAUUCAAAGUCCUGUUAACAAAGACAUCACAAGUGCUGCUGAAGAUGAUUCUGAGAAAUCAGCUAAACAUAAGACUUCUGUUGUAAAGAAGUCGCCAAAGUCUUGUAACAGUCUAAAUCUUGCUAAUUUAGUCAAAGUUGUUCCUACUAACAGAAAAUGGACAGACGGCAGCAUAUCAUGGGCAUCACUUCCAUCAUCUCUAGUAAAACUAGGAAAGGAGCUUUUGAAGUAUAAGGAUGCAGCACAACUUGCUGCUGUUGAGGCUAUACAAGAAGCUUCUGCUUCGGAGAGCUUAAUUCGGUGCUUAAGUAUGUAUGCAGAGCUAAGUACCUGCGCCAAGGAGGAGAGGCCGCAGUCAGCCGUUGAGCAGUUCCUCGCCCUCCACGCCUCCCUCUGCAGCGCCACCGCCGUCGCUGACUCGCUCUCCAAGACCAUACCAGCAUCCCCGACGGUAAGCUCACCGGAUGCACCCCCGGUCGGUGACCAGAUCCCCGAAGAAGCCCUGAGAGUCUCAGCUAAGAACCGCCGCCGCGCCGCAUCCUGGGUUGGAGCGGCCCUCGCCACCGACCUCUCCCCCUUCUCCCUCUACAACCGCAGGACCUCCGCUGACUCCAUAGUCUCUCCGUCGGUGGUGGUCCUUGACGGUCCAGCAAAGACCUCCGCGGCCGCUGCGGCCCCCUCGAAGGCCUGCCAUCAGUCGAAACCCCGGCCGUGCCCGGCGUCUUCAUCGGCUGCCAAGGGGAGGGCCCGGGGGGCGGCGCCACCGUCGCCGCCGCCGGAGUGGGAGCGCGGGGUAGGGAUGGAGGAUGGGGCGGAGCUGGCGCGGCAGCUGAGGGAGGAGGCGCACUCGUGGUUCCUGGGGUUCGUGGAGAGGUUCCUCGACGCCGACGCGGCCGCGCCGGGGCCCUCCGACCGGGAGCAGGUGGCGGCGAUGCUGUCGCAGCUGAAGAAGGUGAACGACUGGCUGGAGGCGAUCGGCCAUCGGAGGAGGGAGGGGGAGGCGGAGGCAGACGCGGAGGUAGACGAAGCUGAGCACGGGGAGGGCCCCGGCGGAGGCGUGCCGGUGGAGACAAUCGAUCGGCUGAGGAAGAAGAUAUACGAGUACCUCCUCACCCACGUCGAGUCCGCCGCCGUCGCGCUCGGCGGCGGGGUGCAGCCGUCGCCACUGGACGGAGGUCGGCCGGUUCAGUCCAAAUGACGGAUCUGGGCCUGCGUGAAUCACAAAGCAGCCGUUCCAUCGUCCGCCGGGGUCCGUUCCUGCACGCAUCACGAAGCAUGUUACUUUCCUUUGGUUCGUAGAAUACGUGUUUGAAUUCUAUUGCGUGGGCGGGGCAAACCGUGUUGCAGAGGAGAGGCUGGUCAUCAUUCAUCAUUGGAUUUCUUGUUCUAUAUGUUGGGACGCAGAACAUAUCUGUAAUAAGUCCCUUUUUUUCCUUUUUAUUUAUCCGUGGCAUUUGUGACUAUUGAAGGCUUUCACAUCAGAAGCAAAACAAGUCCACACGCACGAGAGCAGCUGCAUGUUUGGUCAUCUUACAUCUUAUGAGACCAAUAAAGCAAUCUAUCAGCAGUAUCCAAAAACAUAUGAAGAAGAGCAAUGGAAUUUGGAGACAUAUAAU